UUUGUGGCUGUCAACGCUAGUGUGUAAACAGCCUCUCACUGCACCACACUCCCGCGCACAAGCCGCUCCAAACCGCCAGCUUUUGACUCCUUUUUGGAUUUUUUUCUGAAUUGGAAAGUGUCGGUGAUAACUACGCGGUCGACCACAACCUGGUGAGAAGGCGACUGGGAGACUUUCGAGCUUUGUUUUCGGGGGGUUGCGCAGACGACGGGCGCUGGUCGACCACCACCACCGCCAUAGCAUGGCUGCGGCGACCGCCGUGGAGGCUGACCCCGCUGCGAGUGACUUCAACCGGGCUUGGGAUGAGACUCAGCUGCGGAAGUAUUCUUUCCCCACCAAGACCAUCCCGAGGCUUUCGCACACGGACCCCCGAGCGGAGUUGCUAAUAAACAACGAGGAGCCGGUGGUCCUAACCGAUACCAACCUCGUGUAUCCGGCACUCAAAUGGGACGUUGCGUAUCUCCAAGAGAACAUCGGCAACGGGGACUUCUCCGUCUACAUGGCGGAGAACCACAAGUUCCUCUACUACGACGAGAAGAAAAUGUCCAACGUGGAUAACUUUGUCCCCAGGUCCCGGCGGAAGGAGAUGAAAUUCUCUGAAUUUGUGGAGAAGAUGCAGGAGACGCAGCAGAGUGGCGGGGAGGAGAGGAUAUACCUCCAGCAGACCUUAAACGACACCGUCGGAAAGAAAAUAGUUGUUGACUUCCUGGGUUUCAACUGGAACUGGAUCAACAAGCAGCAAGCCAAGAGGAACUGGGGACAGCUGACAUCCAACCUCCUACUGAUAGGCAUGGAAGGUAACGUGACACCGGCGCAUUAUGACGAGCAGCAGAACUUUUUUGCACAAAUCAAAGGCCAAAAAAGAUGCAUCCUCUUCCCUCCAGACCAGUUUGAGUGUCUUUAUCCGUACCCUGUGCAUCACCCCUGCGACAGACAGAGUCAAGUUAACUUCGAUAACCCAGACUUUGAGAGGUUUCCCAAUUUUAAAAAUGUUGUUGGCUAUGAGGCAGUGGUUGGCCCAGGAGACGUGCUCUACAUCCCUAUGUAUUGGUGGCAUCACAUAGAAUCACUGUUGAGCGGUGGUGUGACGAUAACAGUCAACUUCUGGUACAAGGGCGCGCCCACACCCAAGAGGAUAGAAUACCCACUGCGAGCUCAUCAGAAGGUGGCCAUUAUGAGGAACAUCGAGAAGAUGCUGGGAGAAGCGCUCGGUGACGCCCGAGAAGUUGGACCUUUGCUCAAAAUGAUGAUCAAGGGACGAUACGAGGAUUCUCAAUCAGAGUCUGGCUCCUGAAAGUAUUCACACAAAGUGUGCGUGUGUGUGUGUGUGUGUGUGUGCGUGUGACUUUGGACUAUAUCGCUGCAUGGCAAUAAGCGGCCACCUCGAAAACCAUCGUGCUUCUCAGAGUGCCAUCGUCUUUUUUUUUUUUUUUUGCAAAUCUCAUGGGAGUUUACCGUACUUGAACAAAUCUUUUUUCUUUUGAAGAAAUUAUUUAUAUGAGUCGCUUUCUUCUCCGAAGGCGUGAUUGUUAACGUGAAAUGUGGACGAUACAUUUGGAGGAACCUCGGUUUCACACCACUAAUGAAGGAGUCCUGCUGAGGAGGAUGUGUUAGUUAGGUCACUCGCGGGCUCCCGUUGUUAUUUGUACACAUUCGCCGUUGAGUAAUAUGACAAUUCAUAUCUCGUAAGGCCUCAUUAAAACAAAGUGGACAACAA